AACGCCAACUCUCUCUGUCUCUGUCGCUCUCUCUCUCUUUGAGGCUCGCUGAGCUUCUCAGCCUCUAAAUCCCCAACUCAGAUAUUUCCUCUCUCUCUCUCUCUCUCUCUCUCUCUCUCUCUCUGUUUUUGCCUAACUCCACCACCAAUCUAAAUUAUACCCAUUUCUUCACCUCUUCUCUUUUCUUCUUACAAUUCAAUGGAUUCCCGCUCUUCAUCCGACGGUCUGAAUUCAACUCCAGACUCAUCGUCCUCCCCCACUUCCUCACCAUCCUCAGCCGUCCAACGCGCUCUGCAACUUAUCCAAUCCGACAACCAGGAUUCCAAGCUCCAGGGCGCCCAGGAAAUUCGCCGCCUCACCAAGACCUCGCACAGGUGUCGGCGCCAGCUGUCGGCCUCGGUGGGCCCGCUCGUGGCCAUGCUCCGAGUCCCUGACUCGACUGAGUCUCACGAGUCCGCCCUCCUCGCUCUCCUCAAUCUCGCCGUCAAGGAUGAGACGAAUAAAAUUAAGAUUGUGGAAGCUGGUGCUUUAGAACCAAUAAUUUCUUUCCUUGAGUCACAAAGUUCCAACCUGCAGGAGUAUGCAGCUGCAUCUCUACUCACUCUAUCGGCUUCUGCGGUCAACAAGCCAAUCAUAGGUUCUUCUGGUGCCAUUCCUCUUCUGGUGGAAACCCUUAGACAUGGAAGCCCACAAGCCAAAGUUGAUUCAGUAAUGGCUCUUUCCAAUCUCUCAACACACCCAAGUAACCUUACCAUCAUUCUUGAAGCAAAACCAAUCCCUUCUAUAGUCACUUUAUUAAAACCCUGCAAGAAAUCUUCAAAGACGGCCGAAAAAUGCUGUGCUCUGAUAGAGUCUCUGGUGGGAUUUGAUGAGGGCAGAACUGCAUUGACAUCUGAAGAAGGUGGAGUGCUUGCAGUGAUUGAGGUGCUCGAAAAUGGAUCGCUGCAAAGUCGGGAGCACGCGGUUGGUGCUCUGCUAACAAUGUGCCAAAGUGACAGAUGCAGAUAUAGAGAAGCAAUUCUGAAAGAUGGUGUGAUCCCUGGACUUCUCGAGCUCACAGUUCAAGGAACACCAAAGUCUCAGACAAAAGCACACACGCUUUUGCACUUAUUGAGGGACUCCCCCUAUCCAAGAUCAGAGCUUCAAGCAGACACACUGGAGAACAUUGUAUGCAACAUUAUCUCCCAGAUUGACGGUGAUGAUCAGUCCGGUAAGGCGAAGAAAAUGCUGGCCGAGAUGGUUCAAGUUAGCAUGGAGCAGAGCCUGAGACAUUUGCAGCAAAGGGCUCUGGUAUGCACACCAACUGAUCUGCCUAUCAGUACUUGCACCUCUGAAGUGUCUUUGAAAUGACUUGUUUUGGUUUAACUAGCUUUGUCUUUUUUACACGGCCUCCUGUGAGAUAAAAUUUCCAUGGUGUACCAGAAAAAGGGAAAAAAAAAAACGAAUGAUUUAGUAAAAGUUAUGCCAGUCCAGGCCUUUGUUGUGAUGCCGAGUGACUGGUAAGUGUUAAUAAACUGAAAAAUGUAUGAGGCUGAUAGAUAGAAAAUGUCUUUAUUAGCUGGUUUGUAAAGCAAAUGUUGUAUUUUUAUAUAUAAUAAUUUAGUGAAAGCAACACUAUCUCCAUCAAUUUCUGUCACUGUCAGAUGUUGAUUUCAUUUCAUUGUUGAAUUUAGAAUCAUACAGAAAAGAGUGGAAGACUUUGCUUGCAAUGCAA